ACCAAGUCAUAACCCAACAUUCGGCUGUUUUUGACUUUGGUUUCUCUCAACUACAUUUAAAAUAGAUUUUUUUUUUAAAAAAAUGAGCAUAGCUCAAUCGAUUAAACGAUCAAAAUUGUUUUACGUAACUACGCCAAUUUUUUACGUGAAUGCAGCUCCACACAUUGGACACUUGUAUUCGGCGUCAUUAGCCGAUUGUGUUUAUCGUUAUGAAAAACUUCGAAAUCGAUCGGAUCGACUUUUAUUCAGUACCGGCACAGAUGAGCAUGGUUCCAAAAUCCAGCAGGCUGCCGCUGCACACAAUCAAGAACCAAAACAAUAUUGUGACAAAAUAUCCGAGAGUUAUAAAACUCUUUUUGAAAAUUCCAGCAUAAAUUAUACACAUUUUAAUCGAACUACCGAUAAAGACCACCAUUUUCCGGCCGUUCAACACUUUUGGAACGAGCUCACCGCAAAAGAUCAUAUUUACAAAGCAAAUUAUGCCGGUUGGUAUUGUGUAUCGGAUGAAUCAUUUUUAACGGAGAGUCAAUUGAAGGAAAAUGAAAAGAAGGAAAAAGUAUCGGCGGAAUCGGGUCAUCCAGUUAAAUGGAUCGAAGAAAGUAACUAUAUGUUUAAAUUAUCAAAGUUCCAUGAAGAUAUCGAAUAUUGGAUAAAAAGAAGCAAUCCAAUUCGACCAAAGAAAUUCGAAAAAGUGCUAAUGGAAUAUUUGAAAGAGCCGCUUAAAGAUAUUUCAAUAUCAAGGCCAAGUGAUCGCGUUUCAUGGGCAAUUCCAGUGCCCGGUGAUGACACACAAACCGUUUAUGUAUGGCUCGAUGCGUUAGUAAAUUACUUGACAAGCGCAGGCUAUCCAGAUCCAAAGUUUGCAGCAAAUUGGCCACCACAAUUGCAAGUAAUUGGAAAAGACAUUCUUAAGUUUCAUGGAAUCUACUGGCCGGCAUUUUUAAUUGCUGCAGGUUUAGAGCCACCCGCUCGGCUUUUGGUUCAUUCACACUGGACAGUCGACGAUCAAAAGAUGUCAAAGAGUAAGAAUAAUGUAGUCGAUCCAAAUAAGGUGACUGCAAAAUAUACUCACGAUGGAUUGCGAUAUUUUCUACUGCGUGAAGGUGUGCCGCACAGUGAUGGCAAUUACAGCGCUACAAAAGUAACACGAAUCAUAAAUGCUGAAUUGGUGAAUACAUUGGGAAAUCUGCUGUCGCGCGUGUGUGCCAAGAACUUAAACAAACGACAAGUUGUACCACAGUGUAUUCGAAAAGAAUUGCAUAAAUUUGAUUCAUCGCAUAAAUUGGUGAAAAAGUUAAAACAAUUGCCGUCAAUUUAUGAAGAGCAUUUUGAAUCGUUUAAUUUUUAUUUGGCCGUCGAUGAAAUAAUUGGAAUACUCCAUAUGACAAAUGCCUUAUUGCAAGAAGUAGAAAUUUGGAAAAUGGUCAAAGAUCCUACACAGGAAAAGAAAUUUGAUGCCAUUUUGGGUCUUGUAUUCGAAACAUUGAGGAUUACUGGCAUUUUGUUACAACCAAUUGUACCACAUAAAUCCAAAGAACUUUUAGACAGAAUUAAUGUUAGUGCCGACAAAAGAUCCUGGGAUGACACAAAAUAUCUACUUGAUGGUGAGCACGAAGAACGACCACUUAGUAAAAUUUCUCACAAACUUAUCGAACGAAUUAAAUAAAACAAAUUUAAACUUUAGAAAGAGAGAGAUAUAUGUUUAAAAAUAAAUAAAUAGAGCACUUUUAAACGAAUUCA